AUGCAAAAUUACUCAGACUAUGAAGUGACAUUGGUAGGCCACUCGCUCGGAGGUGCCGUGGCCGCACUAGCAGGUCUCGAGAUGCGCUUAAAGGGCUGGGACCCAUUAGUAACGACAUUCGGCGAGCCGAUGCUUGGAAAUGCGGACUUUGCACAGUUCUUUAAUGAAAAUUUCGACUUGCAACCCACCAACUUAACCUCGAAACUUUCUCAGGAUGAGAGUCGCUUUCGUCGGGUCACUCAUACUGAUGACCCAGUGCCACUUCUCCCGUUACCAGAGUGGGGAUAUGAGCCCCAUGCGGGCGAGAUCUUCAUUUCGAGAUCUGAUCUUCCCCCGUCUCUAGGAGAUGUACACCCGUGUGUGGGUAAUUAUGAUCCCAGGUGUAUUGCUGGGUCAGAAGCCCCUGCCCUUCUACGGGAAAUGUAUCAUGAUGUUAACAUCCCGGUCGACCUGUCCUCCAGCAUGACACCUUGUCAAAAACAUCCUGCAAAUCAUGCCUCUGAGUCUGAUGAGCAGGUUGCCGUUGGGCCGUGGAAAGGCCAAGAUAUUGUUAGCUGCAAGACUGGUCAUUCCGAUGACAGGCUAUCCCCCCUGCGAUGGGAUUGGUCCCUUAUUCCGGCAAAAUAUCGACUCUGGGAAUUGUUUUAUGCCCACCGUGACUAUUUCUGGAGGAUUGGCUUAUGUGUCCCUGGGGGUGACCCCACUGGAUGA